AUGAACCGUCUGGUUUCGAGAAAGGCUACACAUUUGCUUGCUUGGCUGCUCCUGCUUGCAUCCUUGGCCAAAUCGCAGUCCGUAGACACCGGAGCAUGGCAAGUUAUCGGAAUCUCUCCCGUAGUCUGCUUACAUCUAAGUCUCUUGCCUGGCAAUCGUCUGCUGUGUCAGGAACGACCUCACGUCGCUCCUUACGCCCCAAAUCCGUACACCUACAGUACUCAGUAUCAACGUGUGGAAACUACGGCCGAAAUAAACCUCAACGGCAAUCAAACUUCUUAUUUUCUGCACCAUAUAAAUCGUAAUCCAUUCUGUAACGGAGCUGCCCAAGCUGCUGAUGGAAGCAUAGCGGUAGUUGGUGGUGACAUUUACCAAGUACAACAGAAGGACGGCACCUUCUAUAUUGCUGAUGGCCGAAAGGCCCUUAGGAACUUUGUACCGGGAUGUCCUAAUACUGCUAAUGCCUCUACUUGCACAACUGGUCUCUGGGAAGACGUCGGAUCCAUGACAACCGCCAGAUGGUAUCCUACUGUAGCUACAUUAGGUGAUGGUAGCAAUAUUAUAGUCUCUGGCAGUACAGACAAUCUGGACCUGACGAACUGGAACAAUCUAACUAAACUAAAUCCCACAUACGAAUUCUAUCCAUCACGAGGUGCUCCUCAGACUCUAUCUAUAUUAGCUGACACCUUCCCGUUUAACUUGUAUCCACUGGUCUUCCAACUUCCAAGUGGACGAGUUUGGGUCUUCUCUGGAACAAAAUCUGCUAUAAUCACCCUUGCUACAAAUGCAAUCGAUUUAACUUCCAUCCCUAUAUUGGAUCCACCAACCAACAGACCUCAUAUAUAUCCCUUCACUCCGACCGCUCUAGUGUUACCAAUGACUAUCGCCAAUAACCAUGAAUUCCGUGUAAUGAUAUGCGGUGGUGUACAACGAACUAGCAAGGCCUCUAAUUUAACAACGCCUGCGGCAAAUGAGCUGGAUCCAAGUGACGAUUGCUAUCAAAUAGUCCCGGAGCCUACUGAUGGCACUGCAGCCGUCUGGACACGAGUUGACAAGAUGCCUAUUGGUCGGGUGAUGCCGGAUGUUGUUUUGACACCAGAUGGUAAAGCUGUAUAUGUAAAUGGUGCUGGAUAUGGAUUCGCAGGAGGUGCUGCUGGCUGGGGUUGUUCCUACAACCCCAGAUACCAAGCUGAUGUCUUUGACCCUCUUGGCCCAAUUGGAGGAAGAUUCUCAACUUUGGCCUCGGCCACAGUUGAUCGAAUGUAUCAUAGUACAGCGUUGCUUUUGCCCGACGGACGUGUCCUGACGGCUGGAUCGGAAGAACAGAACUGGAAUGACAUAAAUACGUUUGGUGUAUCUGCAACAGAUCCAACUUUUGCCAACUGUACUGUUGGAGGAGCCACACGUAGAUGUACUGAUCCCUUCGAAUAUCGUUUGGAAGCAUUCUCGCCACCCUACCUCUUUAAAGGAGCUCGACCGAGCAUCACGUAUGCUCCUCUCACUGUCACAUAUAAUAGUACGUUUUACGUAGGAGUGAAUGACACGACUGUGUCGUCCUUUUCCUUUAUAAGAUAUACUUCCGUAACACAUUCCACCAACACCGACCAACGAUUUUGGGAAUUAGUAAUAGUAUCUAGGAACUCGACGGGUGUCCUUCUUCAGGCACCUUUUAACCCCAACGUUGCAGCGCCAGGCAACUGGAUGUUAUUUGCUGUGGCAAACGGAAUCCCUUCUGUAUCCGCCACGGUCUUGCUAAGCAACGGCCCAGCAGUAGUAGGAACGAUUGUACCAGAUACUAUUCUGCCUAAGGCCAACCUGUACUCGGGAGCUGGUCACUCUGUAAGGGCGACUGCUGACGUGGCAGUAAUGUUGGCCCUGUUGAUCAUGGCAAUGGUCGUGUCCGAAGUUUGCAUCCAGCUUGUUGCUGGAGGUGUUGCCGGUGCAGCUUCACGAACUGUAGUUUCUCCUCUGGAACGAACCAAGAUUCUGUUUCAGGUUCAAGUGACGAAUGGACUCUCUACGUCGUAUUCGGGAAUUACAUCAACGUUGAGGCAAAUUUAUAACGCUGAAGGCCUAAUGGGGUUCUUCAGGGGCAACGGAACAAAUGUUAUUCGAAUGGUCCCGUAUUCAGCGAUUCAGUUUGGCACCUUUGAAUACCUUCGAAAAGUGCUGAGGAGGCCUGGCGAGAAGGAUUUGUUGACAUCUCAGGCUCUUAUAGCUGGAGCUAUAUCCGGAACCGCAUCAGUGGUAGCCACUUACCCACUAGACCUCAUUCGCACAAGAUUGUCUGUUGCAGAUGCAAUCUUCAUAUCCAACGCUAAGGGCAACACAACGAGGCCCCAAAGGCCCACUAUCAUGGCAAUGGCCAAAAAGAUAAUUCGGAGUGAAGGCGGAGUUCUGGCUCUUUAUAGAGGGCUGGUACCCACUUGUAUGUCUAUUGCUCCGUUUGUAUCCGUCAAUUUCGUGUCCUAUCACUUCUUGAAAGAAAAUAUCUCACUAGAAAGGUCUCCUUUGGCAAAGAGCAUAAUAUUGCUGGGGUGCGGAGCACUUUCAGGCGGUUUCGCGCAAACUGUGACGCAUCCGUUUGAUGUUUUGAGGAAACGAAUGCAAGUGACUCACAUGCCGGGUAUUCCAUACAAGUACACGUCCACGUUGGAUGCCAUAUCAACAAUGCUUCGCAUUGAGGGACCAAAGUCCUUCUACAAGGGUAACAGAUCAGUCUAUGAUGGAAUUGAUGAAUCGAUGGUGUUAACCACGAGUUUAUAG